AUGCCUGCCGUGGCCGCAAAGCUGUCGAAGAACCAGCAAAGGAGAGCGAAGAAGAAGGCGAAAAAAGCCGAGGAGCAAUCAAAAAGUAACACCGAGACACCUACAACCCAAACCGAAGAGACUGCAACCGUCACAAAUCCUGUCAAAACCGAGACUAAGCCAGAGGAUUGGAAACAAAAUGACGAACUUGACUAUGCUUCUACCAUGUUUGCGCCGGCUGAAGCAGACAAUGAACUGUUUCAGCUAUACCAGGACGUGAUGGGGAAGUUCGACCAGAGUGAAGCGGAGGAUUCGACUGUUAAAAAAUCAGAUAAACCAGAGAUAUAUUUCGAUGAAGAUGACAUUCCAGAUGAAGAGGAAGAGGAUAAUGCGGAGACCAAAAUAUCGAAGAAAAAGCGCAAGCAGAUGAAUAAACUCUCUGUUGCGGAGUUGAAGGCCAUGGUUCGAAAACCCGAGGCUGUGGAGUGGACAGACGCAGAUGCCUCAGAUCCAAAGCUUUUAGUCCAUAUUAAAACUUAUCGCAAUGUCGUGCCUGUCCCGGGUCAUUGGUCGUUAAAACGUGAAUACUUGUCUUCAAAGAGGGGAAUCGAGAAGGCCGCGUUUCAACUCCCCAAAUUCAUCCAGGAGACUGGUAUCGCGGAGAUGAGAGAUGCUGUUUUAGAAAAACAAGAUCAGCAGACUCUCAAACAAAAACAGCGUGAGAGGGUACAGCCUAAGAUGGGGAAACUUGACAUCGAUUAUCAGAAACUUUACGAAGCAUUUUUCCGGUUCCAGACAAAACCAGAGUUGACAAGAUAUGGCGAGGUUUACUACGAAGGAAAAGAAUUUGAGACGAACUUGAAGCACCUACGGCCCGGAGAACUUAGUGACGAGUUGAAGGAGGCAUUAAACAUUCCCCCAGGAGCUCCACCACCUUGGUUAAUUAACCAACAACGAUUUGGCCCUCCACCAUCAUACCCUGCCAUCAAAAUACCUGGUCUCAAUGCCCCGCCACCUCCAGGCGCAAUGUGGGGUUACCAUCCUGGUGGAUAUGGAAAACCCCCGGUCGAUGAACACAACAGACCAUUGUAUGGUGGUGACAUAUUUGGUGUAUUGCAGACUCAGCAAAACGUACAACAAGGGGAACCUGUCGAGAAGGAUUUAUGGGGAGAACUGCAGCCGCCAGAAGAUGAGGAAGAAGAAGAAGACAGCGAAGAGGACGAGGAUGAGGAAGAGGAAGAUGAGGACGUUGGUGCAGGGCUACAAACGCCAAGUGGUCUGGAGACACCAAGUGGCAUGAUUUCAUCAAUACCUUCCGAGUACGGAGGUACACAGAGCAUUGCUGGCGAAUUUGAUGUUCGGAAGCAUCAUAGGGGCACAGAAACCGAAGAGUCGACACAACCUCGAUCGGCUUAUCAAAUCAUUCCUGAGCGUGAAACCCAAGUUAAGGGAUUUUUUGGUGGUGACAGGGUCUAUGAUCUUAAAGGAACCACAGCCAAUCUCCCAGUUCUUGGAGAAGAGGAUGAGAACCGAAAGAGAAAGAGACCUGGUGAUGUUGAUGUGGCCGUGGACCCUGAAGUUUUGGAAGGCCAUGGGCUGGACAAGGAGAGCCUAAAGAAUCUUUACAAUUCUCAGAAAAAGCAGGAGGAGAAUCCGAACUGGUUCCAGGAAGAUCUCAGUGAUAUGAUUGCCAACGAAAGUCGGAAACGAUUAAAGAAAGACGAAGAGAGGCGAGCCAAGCGGUAA